AGAAGAAGACUGGACACUCAUGGAAUAAUACUAGAAGGGAAAUAACAUAGUUCGUAGGCCUUCUGUCCUUACUAGAUAAAUUUGAAUCUGAAAUUUACAGGUGAAAAGGCGUGACCUUGAGACCACACACCUACUCACUAGGUUCAAAAGUGGUCUAUAAUUCGGAGUUAGAAUUUAAGAAAUGGUUCCCGUGACAAACUGAUUUCAUAUAUAUUGUUGAAUAAAUUUCACUUCAAAAUCCAAGAACUGCUAUACACAGUUCAAAAACCAUAUUCACGAGUACUAUUCCAAAGCUAGGAGAGACAGUAACUGGUUCGAGUUUUCUUCUUGGUUACGGGGGUAAAGGGGCGAAUCAGUGUGUGGCUUCCAGAGUACUGGGAUGCAACACUGUACUAAUAGGAAAAGUCGGAGAUGACUACUUUGGUGAAAUGUUUGUUCAGCACUUAAAACAACUUGAAGUGAACACUGACGGUAUAUCAAGAACAUCAAUGAAUAGUACUGGAGUUGCAUCGAUUACAGUUGAAACAAGAACAGGUGGAAAUCAAAUUAUCAUCGUCCCAGGUGCAAAUAUGCUUGUAUCAGAAAAAGACAUUUCUCUUGCUGAGAAACUAACCCUCUUGGAUACAAAAGUAAUGGUUUGUCAGUUUGAAAUCAAUCCAACAGCAACACUCUAUAGUUUGAGGCUUGGCCGUGCUAAAGGUGUAAAGACAAUUUUAAAUCCUGCACCUGGGCCAGUGGCUUCUGGAAAUCCUAAGAAGUUGGGGAAUUACGAAUUUAUGGAAGAUAUUUUGUCAAACUGUGAUUUCGUAUGUCCAAAUGAGUCUGAAUUUUGUUCUAUAACUGAGUCUGAUUCUGAAUCCCUUUUUUCCAAAGAUGAGAUUGGCUCACUGAAUAUAGAUGCUUUUAUUCCUGGUCUUACCUAUUUGCUUAAAAAGAAGAUCAAAUACCCCAUAGUAACUCUAGGAAGUAAAGGAGUUAUUGCAAUUUUAUCUGAACAAGAUAUGGAAAAUAUAUAUACCAAAGACGCUAGCGAAGUGGCUCGUAUUACUUUUGAUAACCAAAAGAAGUUGGUAGUGCACUUCUCAGCACCAAGUAAAAUUGAUGUAGUUGAUACAACAGGAGCAGGAGACUGUUUUGUUGGCUCACUAGCUUACUUCGUCGCAUGUCACGAGGACAUUACUCUAGCUGAACAAAUUAGACGAUCGGUUUGGGUCGCCAGCCAGUCAAUCCGUAAAAAAGGGACACAAUCUAGUUACCUGAAACGUGAUGAACUUCCUGAUACACUCUUUACAUUAGAAACAUUUCAGUGGCCAUAGUAGCUAAAAUCAAUAAUUUUUUCCAAUAUUGUUUGCUUUCUAAAAUACUUGGUAUGUCCUAUAUCCCAACUUAAAGAAAUAUAAAAGAUAAUUUACACUGAAA